AUGCAAACGAAUAAAUAUUUAAUCAACAACUAUGCUGGCAGCACCGGCAUACCCAAGGGGGUAUUGAUCGAACAUAGGGGAAUCGUCCGGCUCGUCAAGAAUAAUACUUCCGUAAAUCGUCUACCGCCCCAUCCACGCGUGGCGCACAUGUCCAACCUUGCAUUCGAUGCAGCCACAUGGGAGAUCUAUGGACCUCUUCUCAACGGCGGGUCAGUCGUCUGUGUGGACCAUAUGGCUGUGCUUGAUGCCGAAAGGAUCCGCGAGGUGUUCCAUCAGCAACCCAUAGUAGAGGCCACGUUCAUCACACCGGCCCUGCUGAGAAGCUGGCUUGCACAUACACCGAGCAUUUUUGCAGGACUACAAUUUCUGCUUGUUGGCGGCGAGCCAGUUGACACAAAGGAUCUGGUAAUGGCCAAGAAGCUCGCUCAAAGCCAUGCCGUUGUUGGCAAUGUAUACGGACCGACAGAGAACACCACCUUCUCUACCAUACACUUCAUUAGCGACGAUGAAGAGUUUCCGAAUGGCGUUCCAAUAGGGAGGGGCAUCAGCAAUACCGGAGCUUUCGUUAUCGACGGACGGCAGCGGUUGCUGACAGCUGGUGCCAUAGGCGAGCUCUUCCUCACCGGCGACGGUCUCGCGCGCGGAUACAUGGACUCUGCAUUGAACCAAGAUCACUUCGUAGAGCUCUCCUUCCUAGGUGCGCAGCCUGUACGUGGCUACAGAACAGGCGACGAAGUGAGACUACGGCCCAAGGACGGUCGUGUGGAAUUCAUAAGGCGACUGGACCAGCAACUGAAAAUCAGGGGACAGCGUGUCGAGAUUGCAGAGAUCGAGCACAUCAUGAUUCAGCAACAAGAAGUGCGAAAUGCUGCGGUGGUUAUCUCGACGGCGUCAAAUGACGGCAGGCCUGAGAUCAUCUGCUUCAUCACCACCACGAUGCACGAAGAAAACACAGAUGAGCUUGGCAAGAGGCGUCUUGUGCAGGAGCUUCGGGAUCGCCUUCGAUCUCAGCUGCCGUCAUACAUGAUUCCCUCAAAGAUUGCCGUGCUCGAGCGAAUGCCUGUGAAUUCUAACGGUAAGACUGACCGCAAAGCGCUGCUCGAGCAGGCACAACAUCUUUCAGUGGUCUCAGAAGGGAGUACCUCGAUACAUACUGCUGCUCCGCGCAAUGACACCGAGAGAAAGCUGUGCGAAAUUUAUGCACGAGUACUUUCAGAAGAGAGGGACGCAACAACAAUCGGGAUCGACCAGAAUUUCUUCGACUUGGGGGGUCAUUCAUUACUAGCCACCAGCCUUGCUGCGCAUAUUCGUCGAGACAUGGACAUUGCCAUCUCAGUGAAAGAGAUCUUCCAAUACCCUACAGUGGCAGACCUUGCUGAAUGGAUUCACAGUACAAGAUCCAAAACCCCCCUGCUCACGAACGGCUCUUCUUCAGGCAAUCAUCAUGCCGCCGCCCUUCAAUUGCUCGAUGUCGAUGAUCCUGAGCGCUUCAUAUCCGAAGAAGUUCUUCCUCGCUUGAAGGAUUAUCAGAGAGAGGCCAUCGUCGACGUCUACCCAGCAACCCAGCUGCAAAAGACAUAUCUGUAUGAUCCACGGACAGGCCUCCCUCGGCCAUGGGUGAACUUCUACUGGGAUCUAAAUGCUGCAGAGUCUGAUAUCAAUCGCGUCGUACACACUUGUCGAGCUCUCACGACACACUUCGACAUCUUCCGAACGACGUUUGUCUGCGUUGGCGGUGUCUAUCGCCAGGUCGUGCUGAAACGACUCGAUGUGCCGAUUGAGGUCCACGACACGGAGACCGUCAACGGCAGUUGUGUGACCAUUUCGCCUCAGCACGCAAGACUUGAACUAUCACAAGAAGGACAAGCGUACCUGAGAUUCGCCAUCUGCCGCGUGCCUGGAUCAUCUCACACAAGAGUCCAUCUACGGAUAUCACAUGCUCUGUACGACGGCUUGAGCUUUACGCACAUUUUGCAUGCAUUCCACGCCCUCUACAACGAUUCCAUGAAUCACGUCAUACCACAGUCUGGUCGAUACAUCAGAUAUAUGCUAGAAAGUCGAACGAAGGGCCUUGGAUACUGGCGAUCACUCCUGGACGGCUCAACCCUGACCGCGUGGUCGUCCAAACCACCCCGAGACGAGCAAAUGCCAGCCACAAGACAACUCGGCUGCUAUAUCGCAACAAAAACCAUCCCCGUCCCUACAAUCCAGCGAAAAGACGGCAUCACCGCCGCAACAAUCUUCACCGCCGCCUGCGCCCGGACAAUUUUCACGCAGCUCAAUUCCACCACCGCCAGAGACAUCGUUUUCGGCAGAGUCGUAUCCGGCCGCCAACAUCUCCCACUCAAAGACCAAGACAUCGUCGGACCUUGCACCAACACGGUCCCGGUGCGAGUGAUUCUUGAUCAAGACGGAGACGGAGAACCCUCAUCACUGUUGUUACGAAAAAUCCAGCAGCAAUAUCUCAACGGAAUUCCCUUUGAGACGAUUGGGUUCGAGGAGAUUAGAGAUCAUUGCACGUCGUGGCCGGCUUUGUGUGGCAGUUUUUGGUGUGCGACUGCGUAUAAUGAUUUCUCGCUUGGAGAGGCGGUGGUCGACGCUGUACAAGGCGGAGCUCGGGAACUCUCGGUGUAUGAGGUGGAGAUGGGAGGGGUGGUGCAGGAGGGGGAAUUGAUUGUGUCUGUGUCGGGACAGCAGGAGUUUUUUGAUCGGAAAAGUGUGGACGGAAUGUUGGAGUUGGUUUGUAGAAUGCGGACUGGAGUCGUAAUCUGCGUAGAACUAGAUGAUCCGACCUUCUUUCUGCGCGGGCCAACUGACCUGAGUAGACAAUUCAUUCCUAUUUUCUCUAUGGAAUCCACGAAUCAGGGACUGGAGCGCAGACAAUGUCCUUUGCAUGAAAGCCAACGUAGAAACAAAUGGUACUUUUCCCACGACCGCAGAGCCGUCAGACACCAAGAUCAGAGGGCAGCCCCUGGUCCAGGCGAGAUCAAACUACCAUUCUUGGAAGACUUCCAUCCGCUACCCGCCCAGAACGGCGAUCACUACCUAGCGAUCUCCUCGCCGUGUGAGACAGUGCUCUUCAGAGAUAAUGACGGUUUGAUUCAAUGUUUAGUGAACAGUCACGAAACCCUAACUAGAAACAAAAUCUUCCAAGAAAAGAAUCUCACCAAGGGGCAAUCGAAACGCUACUCACCUCACCCUCAGCGAGCGAGGACUUUAUCUUCAAUUGCAACAAGAGAACUCUCCCUAAGCUUUCUAUACAAGCCUCGCUCUGCUACGCACGUGUUGCUCGAUUUUUUCGACACGUCCGGACUGUCCAAUAAGCGAGAGUGUAAGGAAGCUUCUGAAUACCAUGCACAAGUUACCACGCUGCCGUUCGAAGGAUCAUUGAAGCUCCUGGACAAGGAAUGGUACGAGGAAGUCAAGGCGGAAGAACUCGACGCGAUUAAGAGAAAGGACCAUGGUUGGCGGAUCAAGAGGAAUUGCGACCCAUUCGGGCCACUGGUAUAG